CCCCCUUACCCUCCUCCUCCUUGCGGUGACUCCAUUUUGUGCUAGUGGUCGAAGCUCCUGGGUUCUAUUUCCGGGUUGGUGGAGACCGGGGGGGACCGGAAACCAGAGGGAGCAGCGGAAGGAGAGGGUGAGUGAGCGAGAGAGAGAGAGGGGCGCAGACAGUCAGGCAGACAGACAGAGAGAGAGCCAGAGAGCUGUGCUUCUGGGAAGGUGACAGCACGCAAUGCUAUGAGACUGCUGACACCUGUGAGUUGGGAUGUGGAUGGAGAGAGAGUGACAGAUUCCAGACACUCAGCCUUCACUAUACACAGCAGCCAGAGCCUGGUUAGCUAUCAGUGCAGCCCAGUGAUGGGUAAACAUUGCACUCUAAGGCUGAUAAAGCAUCAUGGGAAAUGUAGUUCUCAUAACUGUGGGCUACACAGGUUAUUCUUAAAUAAUACAGACAUUAUUAGUAUUAAUGAAAAGUAUAUGGCAGGCAGUGCAUUGCAAGUACUGUUUAUUUACAUAUUAUUCUCAUAACUGUGGGCUACACAUGUUAUUCUUAACUGAUAUAGACAUUAUUAUUAAUAAUGAAAAGUAUAUGUCAUGGUAGGCAGUGCAUUGGAAGUACUGUUUAUUUACAUAUUUUCAUAAAUUUGGGCUACACAGGUUAUUCUUAACUGAUAGACAUUAUUAUUAAUGAUCAGUAUGUGUCAUGGCAGGCAGUGCAUUGCAAGUACUGUUUAUAUAUUCUCAUAAAUGUGGGCUACACAGGUUAUUCUUAACUGAUAUAGACAUUAUUAUUAUUAUUAUUAUUGAAAAGUAUAUAUCAUGGUAAGCAGUGUAUUACAAGUACUGUUUACAUAUUAUUCUCAUAAAUUUGGGCUACACAGGUUAUUCUUAACUGAUAUAGAUAUUAUUAUUGAAAAGUAUAUUUCAUGGUAAGCAGUGUAUUACAAGUACUGUUUAUUUACAUAUUAUUCUCAUAAAUAUGGGGUACACAGGUUAUUCUUAACUGAUAUAGAUAUUAUUAUUAUUAUUGUAAAGUAUGUCUUGGUAGGCAGUGCAUUACAAGUACUGUUUACAUAUUAUUCUCAUUAAUACUUUUUAAAAUCCUGUUUUUAUGGUUGAUGGGUAGAUAUGGGUAAAGUAAUAUACCAUAGAAGGGAGUGGUGAGGGCUGUGCCAUCACUCCAGUGGGUGAAAUAUUCAAGUGAUAUCAUCAUUAAAGGUACACUAUAGUCAACAGAACAGCUACAGCUUUUUUUUUUUUUCUUCAGAGAAAAGGCAGUGUUUACGUUGGUGCCUAGUAACACCUCUAUUGACAGGCAGUCAGACUGCUAGAGGUGCUUCCUCUGUCUUACAGCACUGACGUUCAACUUCUCUGUGCUCUGCGUGGAGGCGCUGCACGUUCCCCCCCCAUAGAGAUGCAUUGAUUCAAUGCGUAUCUAUGAGGUGAGGAGGUGCUGAUUGACGCAGCGUGGCGUUUUGCUGUGCAGUCGCCUUCCAGUGCUUUUCUAUGGGAACGCUUUGGAUUGGCUGAGAUUAUCAAAAUUGAUUCUCUCAAACAAGGCGACGAGCCAGCUGCGGGGAGAAAAGGUUGAGUAAAAUCACCUUUUUGGUGUGACCGGUUACCUAAACAGCCACAGCAGCGCUAUAGUGUCAGGAAUACAUGUUUGUAUUCCUGGUAUUAUAGUGUUCCUUUAAAUUGUCAAUGCUGUAAUAUUAUUUAUUUUGAGGAGGAGGGGAGAUUAAAUGCUCAAACUAUUGCAUAAACUUGUCCUGUUUGUGACUUUACAUGAAGUUCUAACAAAAAACAGUUAAAGGACCACUAUAGUGCCAGGAAAACAUACUCGUUUUCCUGGCACUAUAGUGCCCUGAGGCUGCCCCCACCCUCAGGGUCCCCCUCCCGCCAGGCUGGAUGGAGAGGAAGGGGUUAAACUUACCUCCUCUUCGGCUGAAUGCACAUGCGCGGCAAGAGCUGCGCGCACAUUCAGCCAGUCUCAUAGGAAAGCAUUUACAAUGCUUUCCUAUGGACGCUGGCGUCUUCUCACUGUGAAAAUCACAGUGAGAAGCACGCAAGCGCCUCUAGCGGCUGUCAAGAGACAGCCACUAGAGGCUGGAUUAACCCUAACAUUAACAUUACAGUUUCUCUGAUUUAUAGAAAAAAGGGUUAACCCUAGCUGGACCUGGCACCCAAACCACUUAAUUAAGCUGAAGUGGUCUGGGUGCCUAUAGUGGUCCUUUAAUACAUUCUUAUUGUAUAUAACAAGAGACCAUUUACCAAUACAAUAAUGUUUUUUUUUUUAUUUGUUUUUUUUUAUUCUUGCUUUUUUUGUGGGAGGGGUUAUUUAUUAAAUAUGAUAAUGCUCCUCUUCUAUUUUUUUUAAUGGUUAUACAUACUGUGUAUACAUGAAAUCUAGAGUGAUUUCAAUGAAGGCAUUCUGAACAUCUAAAAAUUAUGCAUUAGCAACCCUAAAAUGGUGAAUAUCCUUUUUUUGGCCUGGGUGAUCUCCAGCGAGACAGAUAUUGAUUGAGUUGGGUUUUUUUUUUUAAACUGAGCUCAUGGCAGCAAAAUCCAGUAAGAUGACUGUACUCCCUGCGGUGAAAAGUCUGGCUAUACGGAAGGAAAAAUACUAAGAAAAUUACUUAAAAUAAGUGUGUUAUUUCCUGCUGCAUUAAUUAUUUGUGUGUGUAUUGAUUGGCAAGAUACAUGUACAUACCAUAUUUAAAGGAUUUGGCUUAUAGAAUAGAAGUUUGAAAAUAGUCACAAAAUGAUUUGAUGCAAAUAAAGAACAAUCUGUUUUAAUGUCUCUGGGUAAUCAAUGCAAAGGUUGGUUUUAAUGUAGGACAAGAGAAGAAAAUGUCUUGAUUUGUAAUAAUACUAACAAAUGGAUAUGUCUCAGGGGUGCUGAUAUGAUUACUAUGAACCUAAAGCAAAAUUAUCUGUAUCUCCAGAAAGUGUAUGGCAAGACAACUCGUACCUCUCAUUUAUAUGUUUGUCUUCUAUGUGGCAAAGUACAGACAUGCAGUACUUACUAGAUGUAGAUAUAGAAAUAUAGUACACUUUCAGAUGCAUAUAUAUUUUAAAAAUAUACUAACAUCAUGGCACAUUCAUGUUUUCAAUAGUGUUUAUAGUUUUUGCCUAUAUGGUUAAACAUUCUGUGUCUGUGGAUUGAAUGUUAUAGUUUAUAUUUUGAAUAGUUGCAUAGUAAAGCUUUAUUUUCAACAACAAAAGUACAACUCUUAAAGGGACACGAUAGUCACCAGAAUCACUGAAACUUAAUGUAGUGUGUCUGGUGUCUAUAGCCUGUCCCUGCAUUGUUUACAUUACUGUCUAGUAACACCUCCAUUGACAGUCACUCAGGUGGACACUUGAGGUGCCGCACAGUGUGCAGUACCUACAUUCAGUGUCUCAACGCUCUGCAUAGAGGCACUGAAUGUUUCCCAUAGUGAUGCUUUGAUUCAGUGCAUCUCUGAGAAGAUGGUGAUUGACGCAGCGUGGCAUUUUGCCUCACAAUAGCCUCCCAGUGCUUUUUUAAGGACUAAAGGGUAAGAUCAAAAAGCUUGAUUAGCUCAGCCGUGGAGGCGGGGCGAGACGGGCACAGUGUGGGGGGAAAAAAGGGUGCAUAAAAACACUUUUCCCGUGCAAUCGGAGGAGGGCUGAUCACACAGAUUGACAGACAAAAAGAUGCAUACUCACUUGCAGACACAUACACACUCACAAAUGCGGUUUAUCUAGCCUUUCUUAAUAAUGCUUUCCACUCAUCUUGUUACUUUUGUAGCUUGUUCUGCAUUAUUUAUUUUUUAUAACACUGGUGCCCAAAACUUCAUUCCAUAUUAAAGGUGGGGUAUUAUUAUUGAUAUAUGAAGAAGCAAAAUUAUAUUUUGAUGACAUGAGUCAAAUACCCCUUUGUAUAUCUGACAAUACCUUACUAGCUUUCGUAAUGGCUCAAUGACAUUGCACACUGUUGCCUGGUUCCUCUAUAAUUGUUUCAUAGCCAUUUUCAUUUAUUGUUAUCCCUUAUUCAACUUCAUUAAAAGCAUGUUUCUUCUGCGUUCCUUAUUCCACAAUGCAUGGCUUUAUAUUUGCCUGUAUUGAAUCUCAUCUGCUAGUUGCCUACCAAUUCCCCCAGUUAAGUAAAAUCCCUCUGUACCUGUUCCAACUGUAAUAUCUUUCAGAUUUAUAUUCCUAACACAUUAGUGCCCUCUGCCCUCCUCCCCAGCACAUAAAGGGUAAAAAUAACCUUUAGUCACUUACCCGACUCCUCAGUGCUCCACCGUCAUCUGACAGAGGAACCUAAUACGCAAGUGCCGCGAGCACAUUGGGUAAUGUCUUUCUACGGGGCUUAUACUGAUGCUGGAUGUCCUGUCAUUUUGUAAAGCCUCUACUUAAGAAUUCUAUCUUGACAGUUAUGCCGCAUUUCUUUUCAAUCAGUAGUAAGGAGAGGUUAUGAUGCACAUUUAAAGGACCAAUAUAGUGCCAGGAAAACAUACUCGUUUUCCUGGCACUAUAGUGCCCUGAGGGUGCCCCCACCCUCAGGGUCCCACUCCCGUGGCGCUGAGGGGGGAGGAAGGGGUUAAUCUCCUCCCUCUUCUGACGUCCCUGGCUGAAUGCGCAUGCGCGGCAAGAGACGCGCGCAUUCAGCCAGUCUCAUAGGAAAGCAUUCUCAAUGCUUUCCUAUGGACGCUGGCGUCUUCUCACUGUGAAAAUCACAGUGAGAAGCGCCUCUAGCAGCUGUCAAUGAGACAGCCACUAGAGGCUGGAUUAACCCAUUUGUAAACAUAGCAGUUUCUCUGAAACUGCUAUGUUUACAGCAAAAAGGGUUAAACCUAGCUGGACCUGGCACCCAGACCACUAUAGUGAUCCUUUUAAUAAAACAAAACUUAACAAUGCAAUUUAAACUUUAAAUUAAUGUUCCUUUUCUUGGCUUAGAUCUUUAAAUAUAACUUUAAUUUCGACUUUACCACCUGCUGUCUCCUUACUGCUGAAUGGGACCCUCCAGACAUCUAAAUGUGUAAAGUGUGUCCCCAAUAUUUUUCAUUUAAAAAAUAUAUAUAAAAUUGGCUUUUUUUUUUAAAUUAACCUUGUUACAUCCACUGGCUGUCAAUCAGACAAGAGGUUCUGUUUUUUCCUGGUUGUUUAACACAGUGGAACUUAAGUUCAGGCAAUUACCCAGAGUGCUUGCGAUUGGACAGCUACAGUAAGUCUGGGCCGAGUUAGAAUACAAAUAUGUAUUCCUAAAGCCCUAGUCACUGUUUAGUUUACUUUUUCUCCAUGGUGGUCUCCUUUGUGACAAUCUUCUUCUUUGGCUGAGAUCGAGAUAGGAAAGCAUUGGGAGGGUAGUGCGCAUGCAUGUCAAAGCGUUGCGAUGGCCUCUUUGGCGUUUUACUCCUCUAUUUCGUCGGAAGAGCCUUUAGGGGCUGUUGCUGUCACAAUGCUAUCGGCAGACCGACAGUGUUUUCAGCUGCAGGGAUAAAAUGGCGGCACAUUGCACCCAUUGAGUCUCUUUGAAGUGGUCUAAAUGCCAAGUAUUCCUUUAAGUAUAGUUUGUAACCUACAUCAUCACAUUCAUUCCGUAUAGAAUCCAGAUUUUAGUUCCCGUUUCUACAGUGGUUUUGUUAUUCUAGAUCUUGUUUUAAACUCAGUGGGUGAUGCAUGUGCCUUUACUUGUUAUUUGUGUCUGCACAGCCUCACCCUGCAUUCUCAGUAGUUAUGUGGGGAUCGCAGCCCUGGAGGUGUGACUGUAUACCUAAUGAAGCAUAUGUUCCUUGAAGGCAGCAUACUUUCUAAAAAUUUAGAUUAUCCAGAAAAGAGGGCCUUUUUAAUAUUUUGUCUGAGCUUGAAACCAUUUAGUUGGGAGCCAGUUGUUUCUUUUUUUCCUUUCCUGAAAGGAAGUUGUUUUUAACUCCCUAUUUAACUCCUUAGUUGCAUGCAGCAGUGACCACCCAAUCUGUCUUUUUGGGUGAUGGACAAGUAACGUGUUGGUGCUUCUCAAGACUGUAGUAUCUCAUGCUAUGGCAAGAAUCUCUAAUAACCAGUACAGAUUUCAAUACUGAUAUCGUAAUGUAAUGGAGAGGAAAAUAAAACAUUUAUUUAACCCCUUAAGGACACAUGACAUGUGUGACAUGUCAUGAUUCCCUUUUAUUCCAGAAGUUUGGUCCUUAAGGGGUUAAAGGGAUACUGAAGGCAUUGUUAUUGCUUCAUCUUUAUUGAAAAGAUUGUGGUGUCUGGAGUCUGUCCUUCCAACUGUUUUGAGGCUAUACAAGAGUUACUAGCAGAUCAUCCCACCCUGUGCUACUCACGUUGACGAGGAAGCUUUAGAAUGAGCAGUAAUGAGUAGCUGUGAUUGUCUGAGUGUCAGCUGACUGAUUACAAAAUGUACAAAAAACAAACCCAAAAUAUAGUGGGAUAUGGGUGGAUUGGCACUGGUUAAAGUGCAGGUAAAGCUACCUCUAGUGUCUGCAGCCACUCAUAAAACAAUAGGGGGUGCAAUGGUAGACACCAACACACAGUGAGUUAUGCUUAAUCCCAAUAAAUUAUAAAUAAUCCUCCUGAUUAAUCUGUAAAACAUAAAAGCUAACAUUGCAUAAUAUUGUUUUAGCAUAUUUCGAUCAAUCACAGAGGUCAUUCACAAUCUCCAGAGUCACAGAAUGGCUAAACAUAGGUCAAUAUAUAAUCACUAUUUAGAAAAUAUAGUGUGUAAAUUUACUUUAUAUUUUAAUAUUUUAUUAGUGCCAUUUUUACAGUUCUGUUUGGACUUUUUUAAAAAGGUUUUUAUUCUUUGUUUUUUACUCAAUCCACAUGGUAUACAAUAAUGGUUGUGAGCACAAGAUAUGAAUGGUGAUCAGACGUAUACAGAAAUUGAGUGGAAGAAAAUAGCCCCCGAGUUGAGCUCUGGCUUCUGGUAAAAGGUGGGGCGUUGGAUAUGAACGUAUAUAAAAAGAACUUAAAAUAAAAUAUCUGGAUAAAAUUGCAAUAGAAGAAACUAUGUGAGUUAGCAAAAUAUGCGAUAGGGUGUUCAAUAUCCGUUUGGCUCGGAACACGCACACCUUGCGACCGUCUGCUUUAGUAGUUGGACUCCACUCCCUUUGUUUGGGUUUUUUAUAGGCUAAAACAGCCUAGCUGUGAAUUUAGCUGAUUUGACUAUUUUUUUUUUUUAUUUCAGCAAGUCAUCUGUUGUUGCCAAUUCAAUUUCGUGUUCGUUUAGUGAAUAAUCCCUAAUGUGUGUGUGUUAGGUGAGUAAGGGGUUAGUAAGGUGUGUGUUAGGUGAGUAAGGGGUUAGUAAGGUGUGUGUGUGUGUGUUAAGUGAGUAAGGGGUUAGUUAGGUGUGUGUUAGGUGAGUAAGGAGCUAGUAAGAUGUGUGUGUGUGUGUCUCCUAUGGAAUUUAUUUUUGGUACAUUUCCUGAUAAAAGAGGAGUGGCGGCUUCAAGGAGUGCUGAUUUAAAAUUGCAAACCAGAUCCUAGCAUGGGGCUAUCUCUGUGUUUAAUCAGGAGAGGUUCAGCUGGCAUGUGCUCUAUCUUUGCAGGAGGGUGUAAUGGUCAGACUUUAGGUUGGGUUUUAUUUGGAGUUGCAAAGUAGUAUUGUUAAUCUUCAGAGUAUAGAUAUGUUUUGUAUGACUUCCUUAUGCUGAUACCACUGUGUCUGAUAGAAGCGAAGGGAUCAUAUCCUUGUCUUGCUUUCAUUAGUAAUCUGCUUUGGGAGAGAUGUAUGCUUGUCUUCCAUUCUACUAAUUGCUAAUGCUAGGAGGGUGAACAUAUAUUAUUGUAAAACACUGUGGAAAAAGGUGUUGCUAUAUAAAUGUCGAUAAUAAUAAUAUUGAGAGUAGUCUCAAUGUUCCCUUGCUCCCAUGACUUGGUUAAUCUGGAGAGAACAGGUGUCAAAUUCCAAUACUCACUUUUGCCUUUUUUGCCUAAAUGGGUACUCAAAGUUCCUUAAUCCUUAAAAUGUGCUCCCACUGUUAAGAGUCAAAACAUUUUAAAGAGGUUAGAAAAAAACCACAAGGGCUUCCAGGGUGCCGAUCGGUCUCCCCUUCCACUUAGUGUACCAACAUCGUGCACCCCCAAAUGUUUUUUGGGGGGGAGGGGAAGGGUAUAUAUAACUAAUUUCUACAGAUUGUAGCACUUGGGAGCAGGUGUGCUUUUGUGUGUAGAGAUGGUGUUUGUGUAUAAUAUUAGCUUUUUAAUACAGGGAUUUGUAUGUAAUGUUUGCAUUUGGGUGCAGGGUCUGUUUGGAUGUAGUGUUGGCUUUUAAAUGCAGGUAUACAUUUGUGUGUAGUAUUGGUGUUUUGAAGGGUGUGUAUGAGUCUUCUAUAUAAAGCUGGAGUUUGAAGUCAGGGGUGCUUUCGUAUGUAAUGUUUGUGUUUACAGGGAUAUGUCUGCAUGUUGUGUUGAUGUUUGCACAUACACUGUCACAUACAUACCUACACAGAUAUACUUACACAUUAAAACACAGACGCACACAUACACUGGAACAUACACACGUCAUAAGAUUUGCAGCCUGUUGGCAUUCAUUUUGUCUGCAGUAGGGUGACUUGCUGGGAGUGCGGCUUGCUGAUGCUGAUCUGUGGAGGGUCUGCAGCGGCUCACUCCCCACUGCUGACUCUCUCCAUGCAGCGCAGGGCUUUCUGUCUGGGAGGAAGUGACCUUUAAGAACAUGACCAGAUACUACAGGGGCCUGGAUGUGCUCUUCAAGGGCUGCGGCGCGUGACGUGCCCCUGUUCAGCAAUAAUACCCAUCAAGUGGGCCUAAGUGCAUAGGCAACCUGAUGGUCGAAUGGUGGGGGCCAUUUUGGACUUGCAAAAUUACAGCGAAACCCCAGUUUUGUUCUCGUGGAACACUAAUUGUGAAAUGCUGUAGUGGGCAUAGAGCUUGAAGCAUCACAAACCAUUUAAGUCCAGGUACAACUAGUGCAUACAGUGCUUUGGAGGAUCAGAAAUAAACAUUGUUUCUGUUUUUUCACCUCCAUAUGAUGAUGUUGAAUGUGUUCAGUACUUCCCUAUGGAAAGCAUUUGAUUGACAAAGCACAGCAUUCACCUUGUGUCCCCAAUGGUUUUCUAUGAAGAGCAUUGGAUUGGGCAAAAAUUACAAUUUAAAAAAAAAACUGGAAGUUGGCAAUCUAAACAAUGAGCUGACCUUUCUAUCUGUGCCAUCCUGUGCUUGGAGGUAAAUAUAUCUGUCUUCUAACCAUUGCAUUCACAAUGCUAUCAUUCACAUACAUUUUUAUAAGUUAAGUGUGUUUUUCUUUGCCUGCCUUCUAUUUCAAAGCCAUUUUCAGAUUCUUUCCUGUGGGGAUUUGUGACGGUCUGUGAUUUCGCUCCCAUCUUCACCCUUUAUAUUUUAUCACCAUGUUUGCUCUUAACACAUUUUCUCUGAGCUGUUCACACUUUUUGCUUUCCAUCAAGUCAGUGUUUUCUUACUGUGAAUUUAAAUGUUACUCAUAAUCCAAAUGUAACGGUUGAUAAUGGUCCAUUUAUCAGAUAGAUCAGUGGUAGUCAACCUUUUUCUACCUACCACCCACUAAUGCAUCUUUCUUGAUGGAAAAAUUUCCUUACCACCCACCAGUUUUCGCGCAAGUGCAGAAUAUUUUUUAGAAAGGAGGGCAUUUAAAAAAAUAAAUGUACGUACAUUUAUCUUUUUAUUUCUACUUAAUGCAUGUUUAUAAUGUUUUUAACUAUAUUGUUUUCUCAUUAAACUUUAUAAAGUAAAUUGAAAUUACCUUUACUAGUGAUUAAUGAGAUACUUGAGGUUGCUGCGCGACUAAAUAUUUGAUAUCUGGUUCGAUUUUCGUAAGGAACAAACAAAGGUCUCCUCUUUCGGUGAUAUUCAGACAACUUCUCUGUUUGUGCACACGUACAGACACAUACACACAGACACAAGACACACAUGCAUACAGACACAUACACAACACGCAUACAUAUAAAGACACAUACACACACAACACAUACAUACAAAGACAAGAAACACAUACAUACACACACACACACAAGGCAUACAUACAAAGACACAUACACACAAACACACACACAUUAUAUUUAAGUCACCCUCCUGUUUCCUACCUUUAAGGUGCAGGAGGGUGACCGUCUGUGGUGACUCAGGUGGAUGGGAGUCAGAGUUCCGACUCUGACUCCCUGGUCUUCAUCCCGCACGGCUCUCAGUGUUAGCUGGGAGGAGUGACGUGCAGUCACUUUCUCCCGGCUCUGUGAUGUAAUCACAGGGGGCCCAGUCGCGCUGUUAAAGCCCCCAGCGCUGACCGGGCCCCCUCACAAUCCACAUCCAUCGGGUGGCCUUGACAGCAUGGGCCACCCGAUGGACCCCUUGGACGGCGGCACCGCUGGGGCCGCAGAUGGUGAUGGCGGUACCCAGUCACAGGGGUACCGCCAGCUCGCGCCCGCCCACCCAAUCUCUCCGAAUGAGGAAAUCCAUACCGCCCACCUGGAAUCCUGAAACGCCCACUAGUGGGCGGUAGGGACCAGGUUGACGACCCAUGAGAGAGAUUUUCAAAGCAGCAACAAAUAUGUAAUGAAUAAGUCAACUUGUAACUUUCCACAUUCUAAGAGCAGGUCAAGUGCAGACUUUCCUUAAAGGAACACUGUUAUAAAUACAGAAAUACAAACAUGUUUUUCCAACGUUAGUUUUUUUCUUAACACUUUAAAUUGUUGCCUUACAAAAAGGUAACUUAAAGGAACACUAUAGUGGCAGAAAUACAAACAUGUAUGCAUGUCACAAUAGCUGUAAUAUCACUAUUUAGCACUCCUGACACCCUUUAACCCCUUAAGGACCAAACUUCUGGAAUAAAAGGGAAUCAUGACAUGUCACACAUGUCAUGUGUCCUUAAGGGGUUAAGCUAGGUAUAAGAUGAGUUUACUUACCUUUACUACAGCCCCGUGCCGAUUGCCUCUUUGGCUGAUAUCAUCAAAUUUGAAGAUCUCAGCCAAUCCAGCUUUUUCCCAUAGGAAAGUAUAGAGAGGUUAUUGUUCAUGAACUGCAAAACGCCACACUUACCAAUCAGUAUCUUUUCAUGGGGAAUGUUCACUGUCUCAAUGCAGAAUAUCAGUGCAGCACCACGUCUGAGUGACUGCCACUAGAGGUGUUCCUAGGCUGCAAUGUAAACCCUGCCUUUUUUUCUGAAAAGGCAGUGUUUACAUUAAAAAUCCUGCAUGGAGUGACUGUAGACUCCAUAACAACUACAUUAAGCUGUAGAUGUUCUUAUGACUAUAAUGUCCCUUUAAAUGAUUACUCCAAGUGUCAAAACCACUACAGCUUGUUAUAGGGGUUAUGAUGCCAGGAGCACUUUGGCCCUGUUCCCACUACUGGGGCAAACUGUUAAAGGAUCACUAUUGGGUCUGGAACACAAACAUGUAUUCCUGACCCUAUAGUGUUAAAACCACCAUCUAGCCCCCCUGGGCCCUUCAUGCCUCCAUAAAUAUAGCAAAAUCUUACUGUAUUCAAGCCAGAAGCUGUAGAUCUCCAUGCUGCUUGUCUAAAAAAAAAAAAACAAGCAGUCUGCUGACAGAAGUGGUAGCCUGAUCCAAUCACAGUGCUUCCACAUAGGAUUGGCUGAGACUGACAAAGAGGCAGAUCAGGGGCAGAGCCAGCAGGAUUCAAACACAGCCCUGGCCAAUCAGCAUCUCCUCAUAGAGAUGAACUAAAUCAAUGAAUCUCUGAGGAAGGUUCCGUGUCUAACAUGCAGAGGGAGGAGUUACUGAAUGUUUGGAUGCAUUUUAGGCAGAUAUGACCCAGGAAGGAUUUCUAACAUCUAUCUGAGGAGUGGCCAGUGACGUUAUCACUAAGCUGUAAUGUAAACACUGCAUUUUCUCUGAGAAGACAGUGUUUACAGCAAAAAGCCUGAAGGGAAUGAUUUCACACACCAGAACAAAUUCAAUAAACUGUAGUUGUUCUGGUGAAUAUAGUGUCCCUUUAAGCAACUUACCUGGGUCCCUGCUGGGCUCUAAGACCCUUCCUAUGUUUUGUGACACACUUCCAGUUUCUGCAGAGCUGCGGAAGCCGAUUAAUUUGCUGAGAGCUGACCGUACGCUGCCAUUGUAUGGCACACUGUGCAAGGAAAUAUGCACAAAAUUAACAUUAGCCCUUGUUCCAGGCGAAUUAUGCCCCAAUGAAAUUGCCAGAGGUGGAGUUUUAGCUCCUGUACCAGCAGGGUUAAACUCCAUAUGUGAAGCAUAUUCUACUUCCACCGAACAGACAGACUACAGACACCAUGACCACUUCAAAGCACUGAAGUGGUCAUGGUGCUUGGAUUACCUCUUUACAAAAGGCUUGCUAACCUUAUAUUCCAUGCCAUUCUGUCCAUAGGGAAGCAUUGGGGGCUACUGUGCAUGUCCACAAUCGUGAAUGCCAAACAUCUUGCGGACCACAAGCUGAAGUAGUCUGGGUGCCUGUAGUGUUCCUUUAAGUGAAUGUUUAUCUUAACAAUUUUGGAAUGUAGCUUGGGUACAAUACAUAUAUAAUGAAAACGAGACAGAGGAGUUUGAAAAAAAGUUUAUCGAGUACAGUGUUCCUUUAACAGGACUCUGAUCGCAAGUUUACAUAACUGCCUGCAGAUCCCCUAAGUUAUAAUUGGGAGAAUAAAAACAGUUAUGUAAAAAUAACUAUAAACUUAGAAUGAAAUAAAUAUAUAGUGUGUGUGGUUUUUUUAGGAUUUUUUUGUGACUAAGUGGCUACUAACAAGUCAUGGGCAUACCCAAUUCUGAAUACCCUGCGUUGUCUGCUUUUGAAAAUGGUAUGCCAUAUUAGGGUUAAUUCUCAUUCCUGGGCUGCUGUACAGUCUCAGAGAAAAUUUCUUAAAUUUUGUUACUUUUUUUUUUUUUUUAAUAAAGAUUUUAUUUAUAUUAAAUUGUGUUCCAUAUAGAGAAGUACAUUAUGGUUGGACAGACAUAUAGUCAAAUUCUAGGUUUUGUAGUAUGACUCUAUUUACAAUACCUAACUUAUUGUCACAGCAUGGGAGAUCAUAUUUGUAGUAUUAUUAUUAUUAUUAUUAUUAUUAUUAUUAUGAAUUGCUAUGCUAGCAGUUGUUGAGAGCUUAUGAAAAGCGAGUGAUGACUACAUGUUACUUAUUGAGUGUUACCAAGUCACUUUUGGGAUGUGGGACAAGUUAUUCUGAGCUGAACUGAUGUACCUUUAACUUCCUCCUGCAGUCAUAUUCUUUGUGUGAAUACAAUUAAAGAUUGUUCCAGGGAAAUAGUCACAUUACCAUUGUGGCUUGCACAGUGCAUUAAAGGAACACUAUAGGCACCCAGACAAUUUCAGCUUAACGAAGUGGUCUGGGUGCCAGGUCCAGCUAGGAUUAACCCUUUCUUCUAUAAACAUAGCAGUUUCAGAGAAACUGCUAUGUUUAUAAUAGGGUUAAUCCAGCCUCUAGUGGCUGUCUCGUUGACAGCCACUAGAGGUGCUUCCGCGCUUCUCCUGGAAAAAGAGGUAACUUUAACUCUUCCACCCCCUAGAGCCCGGCGGGAGGGGGGCCCUGAGGGUGGGGAGUCCUAGAGACCCUAUAGUGCCAGGAAAACGAGAGUGUUUUCCUGGCACUAUAGCGGUUCUUUAAUACAUUUUUGUUUUUUUUUAACAGUGAUACCAUGUAACUUUUGCUUGACUGGUGAAUUAUAAUUAUGGUCACCCACACAUUUUGAAAUUCAUUUUAAUCAUGCCAACAGCAUCCCAGAGGUAAUGUGUUUUUUUUUUUUUACCAGCUGGUGAGGGCUGCACUUUUGCCAAACCUACAAUAAAAGCCGCCUCUCUUCAUUCCUAACUAGUAGCCUUUGAUUUUCCUUUUGCCGUCUUAGUUUGAUACCUUGAGAGCUGUAUAGACAGGUAAAGACAUCCUAUUACAGGAAGCUUUAAGGAGUUCCUUUACAUAGCAUUGUAAGAUAGCGAUUAUUAUACAUCUGUAUGGUUCAUUUUAAUGAGUCACUAUGCACACGUUCCCUGCAAGUAAGAAAUUAGCAGACAUGUGAUCAGGUUGGCUGUCUGUGCCCUUUUCUGGUAUCGGUUUUUAUUUUGUUUGCAAAGCAGGCAAGUCUCUUUAAAUAUGCUGUUUGUAUGUAUUUUUCUUUUAGGUUUAGAGCCUGCUCUCCCUCCCCUUUCCAGGGGCUGGUCCAAGGAAUCAGGAAGGAGAGGUUUCAACCCGCACAAGGAUGUCUAUUCCACCGCCUCCGCCCCCACCGGGCCCUCCCCCACCCCCAACUCUUGCAUUGGUAAGCUUAAUUUGUCUUUGAAUUUGGCCUACGUGAGACUUCUUACAGUAUACCAACCUGGGAGAUCUUACACUGUGAGCGUCACAGAACUUAUGAGCAGGGUGUGGUGCUUCAUAGCAGAAACUAAUCUUAUUAAAACCACUGUUUGGGCAUGGUGAUAAAGCUAUCCCCUGUGCACUCUAAAAGUGAUAAGUCAUAGUAUAAAGUGUUCACAAACCAUGUGAAUGGCAAGUUCACUUUCAUGAACACAUAUAGAUGUGAUCUAUGCAUUGCGCUGGUGAAAUGAAAAGCAACUGUACUGUUUAAAAGAUGCGAAGAUCAGCAGUGUACUGGAUGAAAUGUAAUUCUUUAUAAAACAUCACUAUAUGAUAGUUUUCAAGUGCAGUUUAACAGCAGAGUAUUGCACUGUUAUGGCAUGGGGUAGGGGAAAAAGUUUGUUUUCCUGGCACUAUUGUUUCCCUUUAAUGUUGAAUUUUUAGAAGCGGUUUCCCAUCAAUUGUGACCCAUUGAAUAAAUAACACUUAAGCUUACUUAAUAUGUUCACCUUAAAUGAACAUUCUCACAAAAAGAAUAAUCCUGCUGGUUUAGUGAAGUUGUUGGGAUUUUCCAUAUUAUACUCAAAUAUUUAUCUCCAUUUUAUCUUUUUCCCCCCUUUCUUAUUUUAAAACUUGUAAUAAUUGAGGCACAUACUAAAUUCUAAUAAUUUGAACAUUAUAAUGUGCAUUUUCCAGUACAAGUAGCGGCUCAGCACUUCUGUACUCUUAAAAAGUGCAGUGUCUCAUUUAAAGGAGUAACAUAUCUAAUUGUAUUGAAAUAAUAUUUAUUUGAUGUGCUACAAAAAUAUAAGCCAGUCAAGCAUGCAAAGAUGUGUAACCCUAGUGUGAACCUGCAAGCUUUAAAUUAAAGGGCGGCAUAUUUGCAUUAUUGAUAAGGAAGCUAUCAUCCAUCCCUGAAGGUUAUUUGGGGUGAGAAGGAAAUGAUUUUCAGGUAAGUAUAUAUUCUUAUUUUAUAGCCUCAGUGAAUACACACACACUCACUAAUAGACACUCACUCACUGACAGACACACACACACUCACUCACUAACAGACACACACUCACUCACUAACAGACACUCACUCACUAACAGACACACACACACUCACUAACAGACAGACACACACUCACUCACUAGCAGACACACACUCACUCACUAGCAGACACACACUCACUCACUAGCAGACACACACUCACUCACUAGCAGACACACACUCACUCACUAGCAGACACACACUCACUCACUAGCAGACACACACUCACUCACUAGCAGACACACACUCACUCACUAGCAGACACACACUCACUCACUAGCAGACACACACACACUCACUAACAGACACACACUCACUCACUAGCAGACACACACUCACUCACUAACAGACACACACACUCACUAACAGACACACACACACUCACUAACAGACACACACACACUAACAGACACACACACACUCACUAACAGACACACACACACUCACUAACAGACACACACACACUCACUAACAGACACUCACUAGCAGACACUCACACACUCACUAGCAGACACUCACACACUCACUAGCAGACACUCACACACUCACUAGCAGACACUCACACACUCACUAGCAGACACUCACACACUCACUAGCAGACACUCACACACUCACUAGCAGACACUCACUCACUCACUAGCAGACACUCACAUGCUGCUGCUUCUUCCUAGAAACCAGGAAGUGCCCUCUAGUGGCACUGCAAAAAACUGCAAUAAUUACACUUGUAAAAAGCCACAGCUGAAGAAGACCGCAGCGGUGAAUGAUAGGAGCGCACCUAUAUUAGAUAGUAUGUGUCCCCUCAAAAUUUUAUUUUAUUACACAUUGUUCCUAUUUUUUUUUUUGUCUGUCUUCAAUUCUUGGGAAAGUAGUUGCACAGCUUAAACGAGACGUGCACCCAUCAUGUUCAGCUUUUUUCACAUCUGUUUUUGCUAUUGAUCCAAAAAUAGGCCAAAAACCCCCAGUUUGAAGCACUUUCCAAAUAAUUAGGGAGUUGGCACCCAGACCACUCCAAUGGGCAGAAGUGGUCUGGGUGCCUGGAGUGUCCCUUUAAGGUGAGAAUUAGAGAUAAUUGUGAAUGUUUGGAGACAUGGUGGCAAAGUGUUUAAAGUCUCUCUUGCUUAAGCAUUUUGAUACAGAGACAAGGGUGCUUCAUGCAGUCCAUGCUACCGAUAAAUUUAAGUUUGUCCCUUUCCCUCAUUUAAUUUUCUUUGUUUUUACAGGCUAAUACUGAGCCCCCUAGGCUGAGCAGAGAGGAGCAGAAAGGUCGUGGGGCACUGCUUAAUGAGAUCUGUAAAAAGCCACAGCUGAAGAAGACCGCAGCGGUGAAUGAUAGGAGCGCACCUAUAUUAGAUAGUAUGUGCCCCCUCAAAAUUUUAUUUUAUUACACAUUGUUCCUAUUUUUUUUUUUGUCUGUCUUCAAUUCUUGGGAAAGUAGUUGCACAGCUGAAACGAGACGUGCACCCAUCAUGUUCAGCUUUUUUCACAUCUGUUUUUGCUGUUGAUCCAAAAGUAGGCCAAAAAACCCCAGUUUGAAGGACUUUCCAAAUAAUUAGGGAAGAAAAACCCCUCUUUACCCCAGAAUGGCAGUCAGAUCUCUCCUUUGAUCCAGAAGCUACUACCCCACAGUUUAAAAAUUAUAUCCCUGAAGUAGAGCAGGUAAAAGCGCAGUAUUGUAAUGUUUUGUAUGUUUUCGCAUAAAUGUGAAAAUCUGUACCGGUAGAAUCUUACAUUUCAUGGAUCAUGUUCUCACCAAAGAUUUGACAUUCACUUUGUAUUAUCGACAAUUUACACUUACUGUUUUCAAACUAUCUAGCCUGACUCAUGUUAUACAAUUAAGUGUUUCCCCCCUUAAUAUUAUUAAAAGCUCAUAUUUUAACUUAUUUCCAUUUCCUCUGUGUCUGGAUUCGUGUUUUCACUGGGUGUUAUACUUCCGUCAUACAAAUCUCUCCUGCAUAAAAACAAACAAACCUGUUUGGGAAGCACAGACUUGCUUUUCAUAACUGGUUAAAAGUAACCAAUAGCUUUAUAACUAUAUCUGUAUGGUCACAAAGAACGAGGAAGCAUUCUAAUUCUGUUUUUACUGAUUCUUCAGAACCGAAGGGCGGUGGAGGAGGAGUAGGUGGAGGCGGUUCUGGAUUUAGGUCAAAUUCUGGAGGGGCCCUGCACCCGAUGGGAGGCCUCUUCCAGGGUGGCGUUCCACAAUUACGACCAGUUGGAGCCAAGGAUAGUUCAGGUUAGAAAGUAUUUAUUUUGAUGCCCUAGCGUGAUCUGAUAUAAUGUGAUUGACCUGUUCAUAUACAACAGUUUGUACUUCUUUAUGAAUUAACCGCACAAGCUUCUUUGCUGGGUCUCUCUCUAUCCAUCUAUCCCAAUAGAAAACUGGUUUAGAGGUGUGGUUGCACCCCAUAUGAAAAAUGUCCAUCUGGCAUAGCCAUAUAAGAUCAUUUCAUAUUCGAGAAGGGCUUGCGGUGGAUUAUAGCUAUGUAUGGGAACAAAAGAUUUGUAGUGAGAAUUGUUAAACGGACCGUUUAAUAAAUGCGUAUCAAUAUAUCCUUCAAGUGUUCUUUUCAAAUUUUAAAUUCAGAGUCCCCUUUGGAAAUACAUAACAUUUAUAAAAUACACUUAAUUUUAUCCAAUGCUGUCCCAGUUUCUUUCCAGCAGCUGCAAUGCCCGCUGUAUCGCAAUGCCCGCUGUAAGGUCAUCAUUCUAAUCUAUUGUCGUAUAGAGUGCUUCUCUGAUGAUGGGUGGCAAUUGCUGCACUCCUAAUCAAAUGCUUCUCUAUGAGAAAGAUUAUUGAAUUAUUUGUCCUCGUGCUGGGCAUGAUGAUGCUGAAUGUGGAGACCAGGUCUUUGAGGAAAUGUUCGAACAGAUAUAAACAUUACCUUUUCUCAGAAAUGUAAAUUAUUACAUUUGUCUGAUUGCCGGGAAACUAGGCCUUUGCAUCAAAUCCACUAUAUCAAGCUGUAGUGGUUUUGGUAUUUAAUAUCACAGACUAUAUUGUCUUGUAUCCCUGAAUCUUAAGGGGUCACCCACUUAAUUUUCAAGCUUCCUAUUUGAAAUAAUUCUGCUAUAGUGGUUUCUUUUGGGGUGUCACAUUUUGGCAUACCUAAGGUUUCUUGAACAUUUGUAUUUCCCUCAUAUGUCAUACUAGGUUUUCAAGUCUUCUAUUGGCAUAUUUUAGAGGAUAAACACAAAUCUAAACUGUAUUCCCAUUCUAUUUUUUAAUUUUGCUUUUUUUGUGCACCAUUUGUAUCUUCCUACUGAAAAAUGAUUGUGAGUAAACAGCUUGUCGUGACUCCUAUUUUAGAAUGAAAAGUUGAAAUUUUUGCCACUAAUUGCCAACUGGUUAAAUGUUGCAUUUUAUAAAGUGCAUUUUGUUUGGCACUUGUCUAUUUAAUUGAUAUGUAUGGUGUGAAAGAACACCAACGCAAAUGUAAUGGUUAAAGCGGCACGGUUAUCCCCCCUUUUCUCCCUCAUUUGGCAAAAUUAGUAUGUCAUAAAGAUAAAUAAAAUGUAAUUUUACUGAAAUUCCAACACAGUCAUAAGAUAUACUGAUGCAAAGUAUGGAGUACUUUGUCUCAGGAUAUUUCUUAGACCUGGCACUCUAGACCAGGAGUUCCCAACCCAGUCCUCAGGUCCUUUUUUUUUUGUAAAUUUUUUUUUUUUUUCCUUCUUCGAUUAAAAACUCCUUAGACACAACUGGAUAAUGCCUAAAUCCUGGGCUGUUAGGAGGUACUUGAGGACUGGGUUGGGAACCACUGCUCUAGACAUUGGGCAAAGCUACCAUUGUCUAGAAGCGUCAAUCUCUAACAGCUGUAGAGACCUCAAUACUGAACACUCGCGCAUGCGCAAGAGUUCUGCAGUGACAUUGGCUCCUGGCAGAGGGCCAUCCAGAAGAAGAUGCACCAGUGACUGCUGCAAAGAUAUUGGUUGUGUCUGUGGACCCGCUGGAUCCUCUAUAGACCUCAAUGCUGUACUGUACUUUUUUUUUUUUUUUUUUUAUCACACAUAAACUGACUUGAUUGGUCUAUUUUGUAUUUUGUAACUUGAAAGCUCUUCAAGAAAAAAAUUAUAUUUUAUUAUUUUCUUCCUUUAUAGUUUAAAGGGACACUAUAGUCACCUGAACAACUUUAGCUUAAUGAAGCAGUUUUGGUGUAUGGAACAUGCCCCUGCAGCCUUACUGCUCAAUCCUCUGCCAUUUAGGAAUUAAAUCCCUUUGUUUAUGAACACUAGUCACACCUCCCUGCAUGUGACAUGCGCAGCCUUCCAUAAGCACUUCCUGUAAAGAGAGCCCUAUUUAGGCUUUCUUUAUUGCAAGUUCUGUUUAAUUAAGAUUUUCUUAUCCCCUGCUAUGUUAAUCGCUUGCUAGACCCUGCAAGAGCCUCCUGUAUGUGAUUAAAGUUCAAUUUAGAGAUUGAGAUACAAUUAUUUAAGGUAAAUUUAGAUCUGUUUGAAAGUGAAACCAGUUUUUUUUUUUUUCGUGCAGGCUCUGUCCAUCAUAGCCAGGGGAGGUGUGGCUAGGGCUGCAUAAACCGAAACAAAGUGAUUUAACUCCUAAAUGACAGUGAAUUGAGCAGUGAAAUUGCAGGGGAAUGAUCUAUACAUUAAACCUGCUUUAUUUAGCUAAAGUAAUUUAGGCGACUAUAGUGUUCCUUUAAGCUUAUUUUGUCUUCUCUUGGUUUCAGAUGGCCCAUCAGGCCGCUCCUUACAGGUCCCAGGCACUCGGUCUCAAGCUCCCCGCCCACCAGUGUCUGUAGGACGCCACCAUGAUGACUCUGACAGCAGCAGCAACCGAUCCUCUCCUCCAGAAAUGGGACGAGUGCAUCGUCCAUCACUUCCUGACCUCACACGUCCCCCUAAUUCAACCAGUCCUGGUAUGAAGCACAGUUCCUCUGCUCCUCCCCCACCUCCACCUGGUCGUAGACCUGUGGGGGCACCUCCUCCCUCUUUGUCCCCUUCCACCCAGACAGCUAAACCAUACAACAGGGAGAAACCUCUACCUCCAACUCCUGUGCAUCGGGCACCUGCUGCACCUCCAGUAAAGCCUCCUCCUUCUCCAGUCAGCAUACGGACCACUUCCUCCCAGAGCCAGCCACCACCCCCUCCCCCGUACAGACAGCCACCUUCCUCUAUAAAUGGACCCCCAAGUCCCAUCAAUGAACCACCAGAACUUCCACAACGACACAACUCACUCCAUCGCAGAUCAGCUGCUCCUGUGCGCGGGCUGGCUCCCCCUCCACCACCUUCUGCCAACUUAUCACCAGGGGGCAACAGACCACCUCCUCCAGCCAGAGAACCACCUGGGAGAGGAGCAGGUAAGACACCAUUAAUCAAGCAUGGCAAUGCUGAUUUUUAGAUCCUAUUUUGUUUUAAUAAACUAUACAUCCCCAUAACUUGUCAAAAUAUUGAUAUAAACAACACUGGUUUUCUUUUUACAGCUCCUCCACCUCCACCACCUUUGCAACGUAAUGGGGGUAGGGAUGCCCCGCCACCUCCUCCACCUCCCUACAGAAUUCAUGGUGUAAAUGAUACUAGCCAAAGCAGGGCCAAACCUCCUCCACCCCCAACUCGGACUCCUUCAGGUCCACCCCCACCACCACCCCCCAUCAGGAAUGGACACCGGGACUCUGUACCCAUGGGGAGGUCAUUUGCAGGUGAGAUACAUACCAGUUCAAUGCACUGUGUACGAUUGAUCUAUCUAUGCGUUAUUCACAAAAGGGAAAGUCGAACUUUAUACCACAGUAGUUGAACUGGAAGCAUAGCUGAUUACCCCCACCCCAAUUCAGCUGGUUUUGUCUUAAAAGGGACACCUAUGUAGUGGUUCUGGUGUCUAUAGCAUGUCCCUGCAGCCUCGGCAAUAUAAAGAAAAAAAGGCAUUGUUUACCUUACUACCUAGCUCAAACGGCCAUUAGAGGUGCUUCCUAGUCCAGUGCUCUGCAUGGAGGCGCUGAAUGUUCCUGAUAGAGAUAAUUGAUUCAAUACAUCUCUAUAAGGAGGUGCUGAUUAGCGCAGCACACUGUUUUUCCGCGCAUUAGCCUACCAGUGCUUUUCUAUGGAAAAACAUUGGAUUGGCUGAGAUCAUAAAGUUUAAUAAUCUCAGCCAUGGAAGUGGAGCCUUUCGCAGCAAGACCGACGACACGUGGGAGAAAAAGUGAGUAAAAACCCUUUUUUUUUUUUUUUUUUGCCUUAAUACAUGCUAGUUGAGUUUUAAUUGAUGCAAGGUGGGCCUGGGGCCUAACUAGUUUAACACUACAUUGUCAGGAAUAAAUGUUUGUGUUCCUUUUUAAUUCAAAAUUCCUGUUUAAUUCCCGCUUUAGUCAAUAAUGAUGAAUGUUUUGUGUAUGAGACAAUUUAGCUGAUUUCAGAAGCUCACACACACACUGGUAAAUAUUACUAUUGCUUGUGGGGAGCGUUUUUUAAGCCCCAGCUAGUAACAUAGGACUAUAUAUAGAUAUGGCGGCAACAUAGAUAUUUAUAAGCAAAAAAGGUUAUGGUGGGGGAAAAAUUGUGAUUGAAAACCCCUUUCACCUGAAGUCUGUGGAUAGUUAAUACAACGUUAAAUAAAAAUCUGCACACCAGUCAAGCCAUAAGACUUGCUUUUCCCACAGAAAUCACAAAUCUGCCGUGAUGUUACUACCGCAAAGGAUUCUGGGUGUGCAGAUUUUUGUUUAACAUUGUAUGGACUAGAUAUUUAUAUGUAGCUAUAGAGAGAUUUAUAUGGAGAGAUAUUUAUAUGGAGAUAGAGAGAUAAAAAAACACACCUUAAAAUUUGAAGAUCUUGAAAUCUCCAGUAGAGGGAGAUGGUGUAAUAGUCUUGUGAUUAUAAGUUGUAAAAUAUUUUAUUUAUUUUUUACAUUUUUUGUUUAGAUGAUUAAACAGGUAACUUUUCAAUCUUAUUUAUAUUAUCUAUAUAAAAAUCCUGAUCAAUAAGGUCUUAAAUAAUUGCAUGUUUGGUUUAACAUUUCAACUUCCAUGAAUAACUUUGGUCAAACACAGAAAACCUACCUACUGCUACAUGGGCACUAUUUCCAUUUUUGCCCGAAACAAAGGGUUUGAAAGGGAGGUCACCUGACUUUCCAUUCAGCUUGGAACAGGCAUGUCAAUUGUAGCUGCUAUAAUAUGAGGGACUAUAUAAACAAACAAACAAAAAAAACUGCUGAGCUGGUGGUUUAACACACACUUUGCACUUGUGUUUAGCACCUCUGCCCAUCUUGCUAUCUAUGUAACACAUUCUCAUAAGCUCUCUGCAAAGUGUCAAUAAAAACAGAAUAAUAGCAGACUGCCAUAUAUGUAAGCAAAAAGACCAGCAUGGAUAUUCAAUAUAAAACCUAAAAGUAAGCAGUAGAAGUAAUACAUUUAUCUUAAAGUGACCCUGUUCCUUCUCAGUUUCUGGCACAACCUGAAAGUUGCUCUGCUUUGGGUUGUGCCAUUCUCCUCCUGUAUAUUUCACAUCCUAUGCUAGAAUGUCCUGACACAACCAGAGAUUACCAUGGAGCUUCUGGGCACAUUCCAAGCAGAUUGCCUCACUUUUAAUGUAAGUACAUUGGGAGCAUGAUAAGACAAUAACGUGGCCUACUUCUGCGGAGUGAAGAUUUGCAAAACUGUCACUUUACGAAGUAUUGAGCAAGCCAUCAGAAGAAAAUCAAUGAAAGCUCAAAACUAGGAAAUCCAACAAAAAUAUAGCAACAAAAGAAUUCAAUUUAAAAAUGUUUCAUAUGCUGUAUCUUCCAGGAUUUUGCUUGUGCAUACCUGGAUAACAUCGCGAUAAAUUGUAGUGAUGGCAUUCUGUGGAUUGAAUUUUGACUGGCAGUCAUAAGAGCAAAAUUUUUAAAAAUAAAUAGAUUAAAGAGAAACUAUAGUCACCAGAAAAACUACAGCUUAUUGUAUUUGUUCUGGUAAGUAGAAUCAUUCCUUUGUUUUUUUUGCAGUAAACACUGCACUCAGAGAAAAUACAGUGUUUACAUCACAGCCUAUGGAUACCCCCACUGGGCACUCCUUUGAUGGCUUCUACAGGUGCUUCUGGGGCAGUGCUGCACAGUGUACCAGCACUGCCAUUCAGUGUCUCUACCCUCUGCAUGGAUACACUGAACUUUCCUCAUUGAGAUGCAUUGAUUCAACACUUGGUAUAAAUUGUACAAUUUAGUCCCCUUGUACCUGUUGGCACACACAUCUAAAUUAGAUAGAAACUUUAAUGUUGUCUUCCAAUAUACAUAUAAUUUAAUCACCAUUUUUGUUUCUCACUCUUGUAGAUGACUUUGAAUCAAAAUAUUCUUUCCACUCAGCCGAUGAGUUUCCUUCUCCUGAGGAAUACAGGCCUUUCCAGAAAGUCUAUCCAAGCAAAUCCAUCAGAGGUGAGAUAUGCAAAUGCCCAGAAAUCGCGUUAGUUGUUUGAAAAUCCAAUAUAGCUUCUGCUAACCCUCUUCCCUGCAAUUUCUUGUUCACAGCCAAUCGGGGUGCUCCUCCUCUGCCUCCACUUCCAAGGUGAAAUAGCUUGCCUGUCUCUGCUGCCAGACACUUCACCACUUACCACGAGCCCCGCCUCCUUUCCAUUCUCAUUCCUCUGGGGGGACUGCUCCCGCAUGAAGAUACUUUGUUUUGGAACAAAAGGAGCUGGGAUAAUACAUUAUUGCCUGUCUAUGCAUUCCAUGUUCCCAUCUCCUACAGAGAAAACCCUCUCCACUUUUUAUUGCACGCAACGGGCAAUAUAUGACUUGGACUUCCAGGUCCGACUGGCAAAUAAGGCCUACAAAGCUUGUGAAUCCAUCAGCUAGCGCGGUGUAAAACGCUCUCCUAUUUCCCUCUAUUAGAUAUGUAUACACAUAUACACACACACACUUUAAUGGAUUGCUAAUUCUCCAAAGUCCAUGGUCUCAAGCCUUCAGAAGAAGAGAAUUUUGAAAGACAGACGUCCAUUACUAAAGAUAGGAGCUAUUUUGCAUCUUACAGAGUACACUACAGAAAAAGGUGGUUUUGGAUUAGUGGAGCACCACCACUGAUUACCUGCUCCCUCCUUCUCAAUACUAGGUCCAAUUAAUGCACUUUCCUACUGUUACCUAAAGAGAAGGGACUGACACAUUUCAGGGGCUUUGCAGAAUGAAGCAACACUCAUCUGAUUUACAACCUUUCUUACGCAUGGUUUAAUUUUUGGUGGUUGGGGUGGGUCUGAAACUUUGGACUUUUUUGGUAUCAUAGAGGUUUUUGAGGUGAAGCACAUUUAAAAAUACAAACAAGGCUACCCAGGGAGAUUAUGCAAUAGGCAUAACGGAUGUAUUACUCCUAUAUUUGGCAGAUGAAUAGUGUGGUGCAAACCAGGAGCCAUUUCUGUCAAGGUUUAUUGAGUUUGUGUAUUUUAAUUAUGGUGAUGGGAACCAUCGUGUGAGUCUUUGUCUAUGUGGGUAAAUGAGAGGAGAUGUUCAGUAAGCUGACAUGGGUUAUUGUUAUGCGAAAGUCAAGGUAAUCUUAGAUUUGUAUUUUUUAUAUAUAUAUAUAAAAAUAUAUAAUAUAUUUUUAUAUAUAUGUAUAUAUACAUGUUUUGUUUCCCAUUCGUUCUAUUUUUUUUUUUUUCUUCAGUAACAUCCCCUAACAUUGGAAAUUGUAUAAUCCAUGUAUUUGUUUAGUCACCUCAUUACCAUUUUGGUAAGUACCUCUUUCUGAACAGCUUACUUCCCCAAGGCAUGUGCACACGUCAUAUGAAGGCAUUUAAAGGAAUGUACAAGAUUAUAAAUGAAAACUCAUUGACGCCAAAUCUUCUAUAUUGCAUGGCUGGUGAUAGGGUGAUUGACUAGACAUCUGACAGAGUCUGCAACAUGUGGGGAGUUUUGAGGAAUUUAUCCACUAAACCAGGGGUUCUUAUGCUAUUUUAACUGUAAGCCAAAUUAAUGACAUCGCUUGGCAACUCGUUCUUUAAUAGGAAUAUAUUUAACAAAAUUACUUCACAAAAACUUUGUGCAGUGCUGUUACAGUAUGUGAGCAUUCACUCAGGUACUCCUCUGUACGGUAGGGCAGUUUUAACCACUGGGGACACAGUGGACUUGGACCACUGCAGUGAAAAAAAACAAAAAACCUAAACUAAAGGAACACUAAUGUUUGGGAUACAAACCUGUGUUUCUAACGCUAAAGUGUUCUCCUUUUUAUUUAGAUUCAGGUCAGGCCCUCCACUAAACCUCAAUACAAAUUGGAGGGGAGGGGGGAGCAUUCCUAUUGGAAGCGCUGCACUCCUAUUGGAAGUUAGCUGUGGGAACAGUUUGGCCUUGUUCUCACAUUGGAAGCACCUAUACUUGUUUGUCAGGUAGACUGUUACUAAUGGCCUAUUUAAACCUGCAAUGUAAGAAAUACUGUGUCUUACAAAUGGCAAUCCUUCACAUUGCGGGGAGGGGGGUGGGGGGGAAACAAAAGGACCACUACACCCACACCAUUUCCUUAAGACGAAGUGGUCUGGGUUCCUUUAAAAUUAGAACAAAUGGUUUGGAAGAGUAUCCCAGCUUGAAUAUUGUUGACCUAUGUUUUGAAAAUUUCCCAGACCCUUUAUACAAGUUGUAAGUGAAUGGCCAGUGCUUGUACAGUGCAUCCUGCACAAAUGAAGGAGUAGGCAGUGUUUUGUUAAAUCAAAAAACUCCAUUGUUUAGUUGUUUUUUUUUUUUUUUUAUUAUAUAUUCCUUUGAAAUGCAAAAUGUACAUUUUGGUCCAUGUUAACUUUUCUAGUAGCAUGAUGUCCCUCCUCUGCAACGCUAAACACUAAAAUAUGUCCUUUACACUUAACAAUAAUUUUAUUUUUUUUAAUCUAUUACCUGGCAAACAAUCUCUGAUAUUACACUUUGCACCUUAUAUGCUUAUAUAUUCAGGCUUGUGUGAAAGCUGGGGGGGUUUGGGUUUGUUUGAAGUGCUCAUCUAGCAAUUAGGGAUAGGCACCUUCAGAACUCCAGAUGUUUUGCAUUUUGGCUGUACGAGCAUUGUGGUAGAUGUAGUCCACAACAUCUGGUGUGUAGAAGGUUGCCUACCCCUGAUUCUAGAUAAUACAGAGAGCAUUUAGAUUGUAAUGUUAUAUUAACAAAGUCUGGAAAUAUCACUACACACGAACCCCAUCGUUUUCAGUUUUUCGUUUGAAACCGAAAUUCCUAAAACCUGUCUGUCUGUCUGGGGGGGUGCAUCUGUUGUGAGUAUCGCUGGUGAACAGGAGAUCGGCCGCUCUGUGUGGCCAGCCUUAGAUUGGGUGUGAGAUCCAUAAUUGCUGUUGGGGUGGUGUUCAUGAGUGAAUCUGAGCUGCAGCAUGUUUAUGGUUAUAAGGGGCGGUCCCCAUACCCUUUGACGCUGCUUAUUUGUCUUUAUACACUACUCCAAGGAUGUCCAUCCAGUAGUCCGAGAUUUGUCUGCCUUCACGGCAUUAAUUUAUAGCUAGUUAACGAACUUUUCUCUGGAUAACUGCAGAUCUUACUUAUUCUGUUUACACAUUAGGGCCAGUGACAUUCCUUGGUUUUAUCUCAAUCUGACUUUUAAAAUGCAGCUAAACUUUCAAAAUUAAAACAAAUCCUCCUUAAGGCAAACAGAAUAUGUCUGUAUAGUGCUUCUCAAAUGCUGAAGAAACAUGCAAUACUUAACUUUGUUCUACUCUCUUAUAAUUUGAAGAUUAAUUCCUCCGUUUCAUUCUGAAGUUAUUACACUAAUUUGAAAGUGGCAAACACUUGCUUUCAGACAUGAAACGGUACAGAGGCUUUAAACUAUUCACUUAAAAACAAUGAGGGAGAACCUUCCAAUUUCAGGUUGAGGGCAGAGAGAAAAUGGUAUGUAUCUUACAAAUUACAUGCCUGUGUUUUCACCAUUUUAGUAUGGAGUAAAAUAGAUAUGUUAAAUGGCACGUUAAUGAUCAGAUCAUUAAUGGAAAGAUCCUGCUUUUUAACCACUUAAGGACACAUGACGUGUGACAUGUCAUGAUUCCCUUUUAUUCCAGAAGUUUGGUCCUUAAGGGGUUAAUCCGUUCCGGACAAUGGGUUAGUCGGUUCAUUUGUUUAUUUCUUGACAGAUCAUGAAGAGGCGAAAUAGUGUCAGAAAACCCUUAACACUAAACCAGUAGGACACUCCAUAGUGCAAUAGAAUCUUUAAGGACCAGCCUGUUUGAAGCGUAAACUGAUUAUACUUCUGCUAUUGACACUUGUUUCCAAUGAUGCUAACCAAGACAAAAGGUAUGUGAUGGGCUCCUACCCUAAACAGCAGACGUGAGCAGGUUAGCCAUUACUCACAUGGCAAGUUGUUUAUUUUGAAUGCAUAAAGGAAGACUUGAACGUCUUGGAUUUAUUCUCGAUGGACACCCUUGCACUAUGUUCAUUUUUAAAGUUGGGUUAAAGCAAGGCAUUGUUGUGUCAAAAACCUCCCUGCAUCAGGCUUUCUCCAGUAUGGUAAAGUCAGUGCCACAUCCCACAAUGCUCUACAAACUAUAUAUUGGAAUGCACAAAACAUUGCUCUACAAGGGUUCAGAAUAGGUAAGCAAUGCCUUGCUUCCCUGCAUGAAUGGGUUAAACAUUGAUCAUUUUGGUACUAUUAUUUUCUAAUGUAUAUUUUACUCUAAAAUAAUCUGAAGAACUUCUAGUUACUGAUGUCUAUUUUGUAUGUUGUAAAAUAGGACUAUGAGAAAAUGGUUAAAAAAACAAAAACAAACUAAAAUAUAAAUAUAUCUAUAUAUAUAUAUCUAA